CUUCCACCGAUGCCCUUCGAGUGUCGAUGGACCUCUGCGCGCACGUCUAAUUCUUGGUCCCUUUCUCUGUGUCCGCCCAAUCCCAAUCCCCGCCGCAGCAACUAGCACAAGCUUUUUGUCCCAUGUUUGCCCGUUUCGCCCUGCCGUAAUCCAUCCUUCGUCUGGUCACACUAUGCCAACUCCCAGUGACGACGGUCCUCUGCUCUCGCCGCCCGCUGAGCACGACGGCCACUCAGGAGGCCGCACAACCUGUCCGCCAGAAGAGACGCGCCAGUCGCCAUCACGCAGCGAGAGCGAGCGCGAGCCGCUGCUUGAGGGGGCGAGUGCAGACAAUUCCUUCUCACCGCCAGCGCAGCAACCAACACCGCCCGCCGAGGGCGACGCUUCUUCAGACGCGACAACCAUACCAGAUGUGCAUAGCAAGCGACAGGAAACCGAAGAAGACGGGCCAAUAAGAGACAUUCCAAGUCCUCUGAGUGCCGUUGAAGAGACGGCAGAUUGCGACCAACGCAAUGCGCAAAAUGGCACAAUCUCCGCCGCUGCGUCGUCGGCCAGCGCGCCCUGGUAUCAUCCAGGGUUGUUCCCGUCACCAUUUUCAAACGCGCGGUUCCUACCGAACUCCACUUCAUCCUUCCUGAGACCUGGAAGUAAAUUCCACGGCAAUCAGCAAUCCGACCGCCAGGUGUACGACGUCCAAGUGGAGAUCAAACAUGUCGAUAUGAAGGAGUCGUUCCUGUGCGGCUACUUGCGCAUCCAAGGCUUGACGGAGGACCAUCCGAGCCUGACGACCUAUUUCGAAGGCGAAAUAAUCGGCUCGAAAUACACGUUUACCACAAAGCACCCCGAAUGGGGCUCCAACGAGAAGGUGGACAUGCAGCACUGGGCACGAUUCCAGGCGUGGCGGCCUCUUGCCAAACAGGCAAAACGACAGGACUUCACGUACAAGAACUUCGCGCAGCGGGAGCACAUUUUUAUGCGGUGGAAGGAGUAUUUCCUCGUGCCAGACCACCGCGUCCGGACGAUCAAUGGUGCAAGCUUCGAAGGGUUCUACUACAUAUGCUUCAACCAGGUUUCGGGAAGCAUAAGUGGAAUCUAUUUCCAUGCUAAGAGCGAGAAGUUCCAACAACUCGAGCUGAAGCAUGUUCCUGAUUUUGGGUGUCAAGGCGCGAUUGAAUUUCGAUGAUUACGACUGAUGAUUGGACUCGCAUGCAUUACGAAGGUAUGCGAUAUGCGGCUGCAUUUUUAGUCUUGAGCGCUCUACUCCUUUUUUAUAGUGGAGUAAUUUCCACCUUGGUCGAUAUUGGAGUGUCUUGCAGUGCGCAGACACUGGGUGUGCAUUUGUUUUGAUAGCCUGUACACAGACCCUCAGUCUUUAAAUGCUAUGGAUUAAUUAUAGUACACAAACAGUAUGCUAUGUACAUGUUCGGCCAAAGAACGAAUGUAGCAUUCACUGCCUUACGCCUGGGAUC